UAUCAGCUGUGCACGGGCAUUGGCUACACUGCAGCACACUUCAUCAAUAAGAGCCAGCGAGGCUGUGAGCUCUGCCACACUGCCUUCAUCCAGCACAGGAGGAAGAGCAAAGGCAGAGCCUGCCAGAGAAGCUGAGAUCUGCCGAGGGUAAGGCUGCAUCUCGCAGUCCCAGCCUUGAGGUGCUUUUUGCUGCUUUUGCUCUCUCAUUCCGAUCAUCCCAGAUAAUACCCUAACAAGCAACAAGAAUGGAUGUCUUUAAGAAAGGUUUCUCCAUUGCUAAAGAAGGUGUGGUGGCUGCUGCAGAAAAGACCAAGCAGGGAGUGACAGAGGCUGCAGAGAAGACCAAAGAAGGGGUAAUGUAUGUAGGCACCAAGACCAAGGAGGGUGUAGUGCAAAGUGUGACCUCAGUUGCUGAGAAGACCAAAGAGCAGGCCAACGUGGUGGGAGAAGCUGUAGUAGCCAGUGUGAACACAGUGGCAAACAAGACUGUAGAAGGAGCAGAGACCAUCGUGGCCACUACAGGAGUUGUAAAAAAGGAGGACCUGGCCCCGCCGCAGCCGCCCGAGCAGCCCAGGCUGGAGGGAGAGGGGGCCCCAGCAGGAGAGGGUGAAACUGGAGGUGAUGCAUCAAGUUAGGGAAUUCUUGCUCAAAAGAGACCAUUCCAAGAACAUACAUUGAAGUAUUAGCCGACACCACAACAGGAAAAUCCCACUGUCCAUAGACUAACUGCAUUCAGCUCUGUAGUCUUGCACUUGCCUCAUAAACCAGUCAUACAAUAUAUGUAAGCCAGACUCCUCCAUUGUAAGUAACGUGCAGGUGUGUACUGGGCUGUGUGUCUUUCCCAGCCUCCCUCCUGGCCUCCCAGUUGCUUUGUAUAUUUUGGUUGGACUCACAAAUCUGUGUCUUGCAUCCAUAUGCACUGGCACUUGGGAUCUCUAGGCAUUAUGGAAUUUUUUUUUAACUAAUAAAAAGUGUUUGAACAAG